AUGGUGGCCAAGAAGCCAAGAAUAGUGAUAAUUGGAGCAGGAAUGGCUGGUCUCACAGCUGCCAACAAACUAUACACAUGUGCAGGCUCAAAAGAACUAUUUGAGCUCUGUAUUGUUGAAGGUGGGAACAGAAUAGGAGGGAGAAUCAACACUUCAGAGUUUGGGGGUGACAGAAUAGAGAUGGGUGCUACUUGGAUCCAUGGAAUUGGAGGCAGCCCUAUUCACAAAAUUGCUCAAGAAAUCAAUUCACUUGAGUCUGAGCAGCCAUGGGAGUGUAUGGAUGGGUUUCUAGAUGAACCAGUCACCAUUGCUGAAGGUGGGUAUGAGCUUAAUCCCUCUCUUGUUGAGUCUAUUACAAGUCUUUUCAAGAAUCUUAUGGAUUUUGCUCAAGGGAAACUGAUUGAAGAUGGUGUAAACAAUGAAGAACUUGACUAUUGUAAGCUGGCAGCUAAGGCUGCUGAUCCUUGUUCCUGCAAUGGUGGCCUUGAAAAGCUUAGUCUUGGUUAUUUUCUGAGGCAGGGCCUUGAGGCUUACUGGAGUUCAGUGAAAGAUCAAGAGGAGGUUAAAGGGUUUGGUGGGCGGAGAAGAAAAUCCAUAGAAGAGGCCAUUUUUGCAAUGCAGGAGAACAUUCAAAGGACUUAUACUUCAGCUGGUGAUUUGCUAACCCUUGAUUACACUGCAGAAAGCGAGUAUUGCCUUUUCCCUGGUGAAGAAAUCACCAUUGCUAAAGGUUACUUGAGCAUAAUUGAGUUUUUAGCGUCUGUAUUACCUCCUGGUUUGAUCCAAUUAGGCCGAAAAGUUACUAAAAUUGAGUGGCAGCCUAAUGAACAACUACUGUUUGAUAUGGAAAAUGGUGGUGGUUCUAGGCCAGUGAAGCUACAUUUUUGUGAUGGGUCGACCAUGUCAGCUGAUCACAUCAUUGUUACGGUUUCAUUGGGGGUUCUUAAGAAGGGGAUUCACGACGAAUCGGGUAUGUUUAAUCCUCCACUUCCUGCCUUCAAGACGCAGGCAAUUUCGAGGCUCGGGUAUGGUGUUGUUAACAAGCUGUUUGUGCAAUUGAGUCCAGUUAAUGGGCAAGAAGCCGAUGAUUUCAACAAGUUUCCAUUUCUGCAAAUGGUGUUCCAUCAAUCGGACUCCAAACUAAGGCACCCAAAAAUUCCUUGGUGGAUGAGGAGGACAGCUUCUUUAUGUCCCAUCUAUAGCAAAUCAGGUGUUCUUCUGUCUUGGUUUGCUGGUAGAGAAGCUCUUGAGCUUGAAUCUCUUGAAGAUGAAGAGAUUCUUGACUCUGUUUCAACAACAAUCUCUAGCCUUUUAUCCAAUUCUCCAUGCCAUAUGAAUUCUAAUUCUCAUGAUUUAUGCAAUGGGAAUGUGAAUUAUGUGAAAGGCUGUAAUGGGAGAGAAUUGAAGUUCAAAAAGGUUUUGAAGAGCAAAUGGGGCACUGACCCACUUUUCUUGGGAUCAUAUAGUUAUGUAGCUGUUGGAUCAAGUGGAGAUGAUUUGGACUCUAUGGCUAUGCCAUUGCCCCAAAACAUCAAUCAUGGGUCUAAUGCUUCACCUCCUCUUCAAAUUCUAUUUGCAGGGGAAGCAACCCAUAGAACCCAUUAUUCUACUACUCAUGGUGCUUACUUUAGUGGUCUUAGAGAAGCCAAUAGGCUUCUUCAACACUACCACUGUAUUGGAGUAUGA